CUGAUGUAGUUUUGAUAUAAACCUCUUAAUACAAGCGAUUUAAAUAAUAUAUGCCUUAAACAUUGAUUGAAUAGAAGCGUUUUGUUUUUUGAAAGGCUAUUUAACAAUAACUAGCAAAUAUGGAAACAUUGGAUACAUAGAGAAAUAAAACAAACGUCAAGGAUGUCGAAAUCUCGCCCGGAAUCAAAGAUGGGCCGCAUUGUUGUGGCAGCCAUUGAUUUUGGUACCACGUGCACCGGAUAUGCAUACUACCUGCGCAGAGAUCACGAUACCCGUAUAGCUGACAUCAAUACCGAUCAAGCGUGGCUAGGAAGUGCUGAAAUGGGGCUGCAGGCACCAACAACAGUUCUAAUGGACCCACAGAAACGAUUUCAUUCGUUUGGUUUCGAGGCAGAAUCCAAGUAUAAAACACUGACUUUGAAAAAUGAGCAUACAGACUGGUUUUACUUCCGGCAUUUCAAAAUGAGACUACACCACGAGAAGGAUUUGAAUCGAGAAAUGAUGCUUGCCGACGCCGACGGAAAAAAGAUGAAAGCUCUUAUUAUCUUUACAGAAGCCAUCAAAUAUGUCAAGAAGCACUUGUUAAACAAGUUAAGAGAUGGUCUCCGGGAAGAUGUCAACCUUAGAGAGAUCAAAUGGGUAAUCACUGUACCCGCCAUUUGGAGAAAUUCCGCCAAACAGUUCAUGCGAGAGUCCGCCUCCAUGGCAGGAAUCCCAAACGACCAGUUGACGUUGGCUCUUGAGCCAGAAUCAGCCGCCAUUUUCUGCAAAGAACUAGCGCUAAAUAGAGUGGGUGGGGUAGAUGGAGUUUUCUUGAGAGCGUUCGACCCUGGAGAGAAGUACAUAGUGGUAGACUGCGGAGGAGGCACUGUUGAUACAACUGGACACGAAGUAUUGCCGGAUGGUACGUUAAAAGAGCUUCAUGCAGCUACUGGGGGACCUUGGGGAGGGCAACUAGUUAAUGAGGCUUUCGAAAAAUUUAUUGAAAAAAUGGUUACCAAACCUGUACUUGAUAAGUUUGCACAAGAUUACACGAGCGAGUGGAUAGAAUUUCAGAAGGAUUUUGAAAAGAAGAAAAGACAAUAUGCUCCUAACAUGGACGACAUGGAUGUGAAUUUUCCAGUAGAGCUGGUUCCUAUGUUUAAAGAAGCCAAAAAGUACGAUAUACAAGAACGCCUUCUUGAAAGAGACUUUAAAAAGAAUGUUGAAUUAGUUAAACAUAGCCUGAUAUUAAAACCUAUAUUAAUGGAGAAGCUGUUUGAACCUGCCAUUCAAGAAAUUACUCAGCACAUUGAAGAACUUAUGAGAAAGAAAGAACUUAGAUCUGUAUCUACUCUACUUCUUGUCGGAGGAUUUUCCGAAUCACCAACUGUCAGCGGUGCUUUGAGAAAACAUUUUGUAAAUGUCAGAGUAAUCGCCCCUGGUAACGGAAGUGUCGCCAUUUUGAAAGGUGCGGUGAUGUUUGGCAAUGAUGCAAAUGUAAUUGCAGCGAGGGUGAGUCCGUACACAUACGGAGUUCACACAAGAAAGUAUUUUAACCCCUCAGUUCACCCAGCAGAUCGGAGGAGGGUCAUUAAAGGGAAAGCAGUAGUUGACAACAUCUUCGAUAAGCAUAUUGAAUACGGUGAACACAUGUAUGUAGGUGGGAAGAGCAGAGAAAGAAAGUACGUGGUUUUUAACAGAAACAAUCCUUCAGUUUACUGGAAUGUUUAUCAUUCUGAAAACAAGGAUCCGUUGUUCUGUGACGAGCCCGGUAGUAUUUUCCUAGGAAAGCUAGAAAUAAAAAUUCCGGGAGAGUUGAACGAAGAUCGGGUAACGCUGAUGCUGAGUAUGACGUGCCGUGGAACGGAGCUUGAGGCUACUGCAAUUGCUACAGACUUUGACUUACAGUGUGCUGCCAGGUUUGAUUUCUUAGAGGAUGACAUUAGUAAAGCAAGUGCUAACGUUUUCGAAUCAAUCAGUUAAUUUAUGUUGAUAAAAAUCACUUAUUUAUUGGUUGAAAUGUAAAAUGAUAUUAGAUAAGGAUUUGUUUUCUUUUCAAAUGAUUCCUUAUCAAUUAAAAUGCUAUUUUGGGAAAUAAGACCACAUCACGACAUUAAUUUGUCUGUUGUUAUUAAUAAAUUGAGAGUAUUUACUGUGCAUGAAAUAACGACGCAAACAGUUUUAUUUACUUAUGUACGUAAUAAAAGAUUACAUUUUG